CUGUACGGACAUUUCCGUGUCGAGGGGAGGUGACAUCCAUAUAUUCCCGGCAUAGCCGGUUACUGUGCCGGUACAUCGGUGUGUGUUGGUAGCAUGGAAGGAAUAAGUUUCGCUGUGGUGGUGGUGACGGCACUGGUGGUUCCUUUCGUCAGUGGGUGCAGUUAUGAGACGCGAUACUUCAGGACAAAGGUGGACCACUUCAGUUACGUCCACCAGGACACAUUCGAGAUGCGUUACCUGAUCUCUGAUCAGCACUGGAAUUCUACCCGCGGAGGACCUAUCUUUUUCUACACGGGAAACGAAGGAGGCAUCGAAUUCUUUGCUAAACACACGGGACUGAUGUGUGACUGGGCCCCUGAAUUUGGGGCUCUUCUCGUAUUUGCCGAACACCGCUACUACGGGAAGUCUUUACCUUACGGUAACCUCUCGUACACGAGUGGUCGAUAUUUGGGUUACCUGACGUCCGAUCAGACCUUGGCGGAUUACGCCGACCUGGUACGGUUCCUGAAGGCUACACUACCAGGCGCCGCCCAAAGCCCCGUUGUGUCUUUCGGUGGCUCUUACGGUGGCAUGCUGGCGGCCUGGUUCAGGAUGAAGUAUCCUCACUUAACUGUGGCAGCCCUGGCAUCAAGCGCUCCCGUGCUACAGUUCCAAGGCUUGACCCCCUGCGAAGCCUUCAACCAGAUCGUGGCCAAGGCCUAUCAUACGGCAUCGUGCCAUUGCGACACGGCGAUACGGAAGUCAUGGGACGUAAUGCGGGACAUGGCAUCGACGGACAACGGUUCUCAAGAGCUGGGUGAAAUUUUCAAGAUGUGUAACAUACUAACCGCCGAGAACUAUACGGAAUUUCGAGAUUGGGUGUACGACGCUUACGCCAUGCUGUCUAUGAUCAAUUACCCUUAUGCGACAGAUUUCCUUGCCCCUGCGCCCGCGUACCCUGUUCAGGUUGCUUGCAAGUUUCUAGUCGAUGGUCAGCACGACAACAGGACCCUGGUGGAAGGAGUCUACAAGGCAAUCAGCAUCUUCACAAACUACACCGGAAGUCUCAAGUGUCACGAUGUCGGUGGGCUCACUGGCAGCCUCGAAGGCGAUGAUGGCUGGCAUUUUCAGGAGUGCACGGAGAUGGUGGCGCCAAUGUGUUCCGAUGGUGUUCACGACCUGGCCUGGUCUUCCCCUUUCAAUGCGACUGAGUUGAACGAGCGCUGUCUGAAGAAGUACAACGUCAUACCCGACGUCGAUAAGAUUGCAAACACGUACGGGGGGAAACACAUCCAAGCAGCUUCGAACAUCAUCUUCAGUAACGGCAACUUGGACCCUUGGUCUGGAGGGGGAAUCCUGGAGUCCAUAUCCGAAACUCUGGUGGCUCUCACAGUGGAAGACGGCGCCCACCACUACGAUCUCCGAGCCGCGCAUCCGGACGACUCGGACUCUGUGCGGGCAGUUCGGGCAAAGGAGAAAGAAUACAUUCGCCUAUGGCUCGAUCAAUACCGACAGGGAGUGCGAUAGAACUUUGUCUGUUAUCGACUUUUGAUCUUGCAAUAAGAGCAUCAUUGCUGUUAUACACUAUCGUUCACUAUCAUAUCUUGCAGGAAAAUCAUUUGCGACUGAGAAGAAUAGUCAGGCGGACUAGCAACUCUAUAGAGUUUACAUGUUCAACCGUUCAAUCACACGGGUGAAUCUUUUCUCUUGAAGGUAAUGGACACACGGGCUACUUCGUCACCCGGUACUCAGAUAGCAGCUCGGAUAGUGCGCUUAGCCCAUGGUACUUUAGAUAGACAGAUGUACAUUAUACUGCCGUAUAAUCUACCGUUUUCACUGUAUAUUGUGACCUAACAAGCGUAAGUUAACCUCAGGUAGGUACAGGCGGGUAAACCUAUACAGAUAUCCGUCUGCAGACCAAGAACCAAUUUCAACGGCUAUUUCUGGACAAUAAAUACAGCUGUUCCACAAUAUCA